GGGGCCAGGUGAGCCCGGUGUUCACCCGGGAUGAGCCGCCGGACCGAGGAGGGACCAGGACUCGGUGGCCGGCUUGCCCUCCCUGCUUUUCCGACACCCGCGCGUCCCGCGUCCUCGUACCCCCAUGGCAGGCGCCGAGGAGCUGGGGCUCCGAGAGGACACCAUGAGGGUCCUUGCAGCCUUCCUCAAGCAGGGUGAGGCUGCCGGGUCUCCCGUGACCACUCCACCCAGGUUGCAGGGAGGUGACUCUCAAAGCGUCGAAGAAGAAACAGCUUCCAGGGCUCCUGUGGACUCGGUCUCUGAGGUCCUCCUUCCCAGGAGCCCCACUCAGGAGCUGCCCACAGACUUCUUGAGCCGCCUUCGCCGAUGCCUCCCCUGCCCCCUGGGCCGAGGGGCAGUGCCCCCUGAGUCCCCUCGGCCUUGCUCCCUGCCACUCCGCCCAUGCUAUGCUUCAGAACCUGGUUCUGCCACACCAGACUUCUACACCCUGGUGGCCCAGCGGCUGGAGCAGUUGGUCAAAGAGCAGCUGAGAUCACCUCCCAGUCCAGAACAAGAGGAUGCUCCACCUACCGAGAAGGAAGCCGUGCUGCGUAGGCUGGUGGUCUUGCUGGAGGAGGAAGCAGAAGUCAUCAACCAGAAGCUGGCCUUGGACCCUGCUCUGCGCCGCCAGCUGGCUCGCCUCUCCUUGAAUUCCUUCGCCCGCCUGGCUGAGCUGUUCUCCAGUCGCAAAGCCAGCCCCCAUGGCGGCCGUGCGCGACCGCUGUCACCGUGUCCCGGGCCCCCACCGCCUUCCCCGGAGCCCCUGGCCCGCCUGGCCCUGGCCAUGGAGCUGAGCCGGCGCGUGGCUCGGCUGGGCGGCACCCUGGCAGGACUCAGCGUGGAGCACGUGCACAGCUUCACCCCCUGGAUCCAGGCCCACGGGGGCUGGGAGGGCAUCCUGGCAGUUUCUCCAGUGGACUUGAACUUACCCUUGGACUGAGGCCUUCCACAGCAGCUGCUCCAGCCCUGGACCGCGUGGCUAGGCCCCUCGGUGCUUUGGCAGCAUUCCUGAGCCACUCGGUGCUGCUCAGGGGUCUGCCAUCGCUGCUCACCAACACAGAAAGUGUUUUCUAACUUUUCAUAUUAAAAGAUUUUUGAAGUA